UCUAACCUAAAAGUUUCCCAAUGAAACAAUAAUUUUAAAUAUUUCAUAUUGUUACUUUGCUAUGAUAAAUACUAGCUAUGACUAGUCAGUAUAAGAAAUUUAUAAAACUCAUAGCAAAGUGGCCCUUGGAUAGCACUAAGGGUGAGAGAGACUUAGGAAAAGUAAUCAGAGACAAAGUGAAGGAGGCUUUUGAGUCAACAGAGCGUGUGAACCUUGACUCAGAGCUGUGCAAUAGUCAGUACGCCGCACUCAACCGCCUGGCAGACAACCACUACAAGAAUAAAUAUAAACGGACUCACAACAGCACAGCAACUGGUUUAAGCACUGAAGAGUGUAAUGUCAUGCUGUCUAGUGAAGUUCUCACUUAUUUGAAGGAAGAAAACAAAGAAGCUGUUGAGUACAAAGACCACACGCCCGUUCUGCUAAAUGAAGCUAUUAAACACCUAAGUCCAAAAGACAAUGAGUAUUACAUUGAUAUGACAUUUGGAGCCGGCGGGCAUUCUAGAAAAAUACUAGAAUCAUCAAAUUGUAAUCUUAUAACAUUAGACAGAGACCCAGUUGCUUUCGCAAAAGCUCAGAAACUUGCAGAAGAGUAUCCCAACAGAGUCACACCACUUCUAGGUAGAUUCAGUGAGUUACCAAACCUUUUAAAAGAGAAAGGUUUCAAACAACAAUCAAUAGAUGGAAUUUUAUUUGACUUUGGGUGUUCCUCCAUGCAACUAGAUAAUGGAGAAAGAGGUUUUUCAGUUAGCAAGAAUGGAUAUUUAGACAUGCGGAUGGACGCAGGCCGGGACCUAACUCAAAUAACAGCUAGAGAAGUACUCGCUACAGCCAAUGAGCAAGAAUUGUACAAAAUAUUCAAAAUCUAUGGUGAAGAGAAAAAGGCUGCUAAAAUUGCGCAAACUAUCAUCCAAGCUAGAUACAUGAUAAAAAAUAUAGACACUACACAAGAGUUAGUUGAUAUAGUCAACUCCUGCUGUCCGGAUGAAAUUAGAUUAGACAAGCUUCAAAGACCACAGUCUAAUGCUACAAAAAUCUUCCAAGCUUUACGUAUCUUUGUUAACAAUGAACUGAACGAAAUUAAUUAUGGUAUGGUCUUAGCAAAAUACUAUUUAAAAAUCCAUGGCCGUCUUGUCACAAUAUCUUUUCAUUCAUUAGAAGAUACAAUAAUAAAAAGACAUAUAGCGGGUAAUAUUGUGAAUGAAGUGGCGAACCCUGUUCCAUUGAAGUACCUGAGUCCGACGAUGGUGCAGGAUCAGGAUACAAUCAACUAUUUCCUGGACACACCGUGGAGGGCCAUCAACAAGCAUGUGGAAGUGCCGUCUGACGAGGAAGUGGAACGGAAUCCGAGGAGCAGGAGUGCAAAGUUGAGAGCGGCUAUUAAAGUGAAAUAAUUAACUAUAGGAUAUGAUUAUUUAUACUUUGAAAAGUUUAUUUUGUUCAUAUCAUGAAAUACGAUGACAACAUAUAGGCAUUUGUAGUUGAUAGAUAUCUAUCAUAUGUAGUUACAAAUAAUGCACUAAAACGUGAGAUUUGUAAAUAAACUGUUGUUUUAAAAGUUAAGUUUACUUAUUCUGACAUUCUCUAAUUAUAACCGUCCAGUGUUCAGUCCAUCGACCCCUCAUCUAAGCUAGGAGUCUCCAAACUUACAACUGGGCUAUAUUGCUCCUCAGUAAAUAGCGGGUCCACACAGAGCUAUGCACGCCGCGAGGCAAAUUCCUCGCGCAGCAUACGUGCUAUGUAGACGUGCUUCGGCCGAGGCAGCACAUACGUUUAUUUCGGCCAAGCAACCUGCCUCAGCCCAAGCGGUACGUCUAUAUUGCAAGUUUGCCGCGUAAGCACAUUGCCUCGCUCUGUGUGGACCUGGCUAAUGGCUCAUGGGUCUCCAUCCGUUUCCCAGCCAACCCAUAGGUCUCGGGCCGGAUUGGAAGGCUUGGCAACUUAGGGAUUAGAGAGCCCCAAAGCAGUUUUAUUACUCUUCAUAUCUAUUGUAUUACAUUUGAUCCUCUACUUAUUACUUCUGGUCAGACCACAUGUACUCGUAAUUUUGAUAUUUCUGUUUAGCUUUGUUUGACGUUCAUAUCCGCAUUGUAAUAUGCCUACUUGAAAAAUAAAUAUUUCAUUUCAUUUUCAUAGUAGUUGGCACUUACACAGGUACAUAAACUUACGCCUGUAUUUCCAAACGGGGUAGGCAUAACACAUUAAACUGCUCAAGUUUCUGUAGCACUCACAAAUCUGCAGUAAGUCAAGUAGGUUAGAUUGUGGUAAAAAUAAAAUUACAUGAUUGUGGUACAGCUAUAUUACCUGCCAAGAGUAAAUUACAACUAAUUAUUAUAAUGCACAGCACUAGUAACUAAAAUAUUGGAAACUUUAUUAACUAUACAUGUAGUCGGUUUACAACCAAAACUUGCUAAGUUUGACUAAGUUUUUUACAUGUUACAAUUUCUAUUCCAACCAAAUGUUGUGAAAUUUUGUGGCCAGAUGCUAUGAUUUAUUAUACUCGAUCCAGAUUUUUUUUAAAUGUGGAAAUUGGCAUAAAGGACUUCUAUUGCGCUUAAGACCAUCGUGAGUAAAGUAACUGUGAUAAUGACUCGACCAAUCAAGUGGUUUUCACUUUUACGUUUUCUAAGAAUAUUGCGAGGUUUCGGCUCACAGCCACUAGUUAUUUGUCACUUGUCAGGUAAUCAGAAAGUUUUGGCUGUAAACGUACUACUUAUAACGAUAUUUUUUUACAAUAUGCCUAAACAGGGCAUUAUUCAAAGUGGCUGGGCAAUUACAUGACCCGAUAUCAGCUAGCCUUAUUAAACUAGAACAAUUUUUACAUGGCGUCUUGUAGUGAUUUGAAAAUUUUCAAGGUCACAUAAUAUAUCUUUACAAGCCAAUGUCUCAAUUAUACACGGCUUUAUUGUCUGUGUCUUAACACAUUCAAUACCACAAAAAAAAUGGCGCACUACGUCAGAAACCGGUCGUAAUCUAUAACCGGCCGCUUGUAAGGCGACAACCCGCCACGCGGGUUGUCCGGCUCUGAGCAAACUUCACUGAGUGCCCACCAUGCGGGUUCUUGGUUGCGAAAGUGGGAUGUUUGGCUUGUUAAGAUAUUUGUAAAAAGGUUAGCUUUGAGACCACAUUUAUUACGUGUGUAAAUAAAUAUUAGGGCAGGCCCUUAGUGCAAUCACAUUAUCCGAUCCGAUAUCGGACCGAUUGCAUAUAUUGAAGGCGCCAUCUUGGACACCUUCCUUUGAGAUACAUCCAAUAUCAUGUCGGAUAAUGUGAAAACGCUCUUACAGUUGGACUUUUGUAAAGAAAUAUAACACCUUGCCUUUUAAAAUACAGAUUAUUGGUAUCACCUCGGACUAGAUUUUUUCAUGAUUGUUGAUUGUUAUUUUUCAAGUUUUUAUGCAAGGAAGACUAAGAUUUCAAAGUGUAAGCAUUAGGUAAGUAUUAUAUUUUUUAAAUUGUUUAAAGCACUAUGUUUUCGGUACGGUCAAACAAUUGGAACCUAGGCCACUCUACAACCAUGUCAAAAUGACAAGCAGUAAGAGAUUUCUUAUAAUCUGUUUUAUAACGUCACUAUGACAUAGUUCUACAGUGGCCUAGGGUUCCAAUUGUUUGAGUGUACAUACUUAGUUGAAUGUAUAAAGUAAUAUUGUCUGGAAUUAACAAUUUCUUUCAUGAUUUAGAAACAAUUAAAAAAGGAACAUGUAUACUAGUGAUGGGUGAAUGUAUAAUUGCAUAUUUGCAAAAAAUACAAGUAUAUACAUAUUUGCAUACAAUCAAUACAGGUUUAUCACCUUGAAUGUAGUUUCGCACAUAAUUGCAGAGUCGCAAAUACUCUUUUAAUUUAUCAAGAUAACAUAAAAUAGCAUUCUUAGAUACAUGAUAACAAGCUCUAAAUUCUAAAGCACUUUGAUGCAACCUACAACACAAAUGGAAAUUGGUAAAAAACUUAAGAAGUGUCCUUUGCUAAAAAUAUACCUACAUGACCGAUUUUUUAUUUUAUUGUCGAUCCCAUUUUUUUAUUGUAAGUUAUCAUACUUCUUCUUUUCGGAAUCAUGAGCUCUUGAUUCUAAUAGGUCCAAAAAAUGCCCCAAAAUCUUUUUUUUAUUUUACUUUCUUCUGAGUUAUACGACCUUACAAGUUAUAAAAGAAAUCGUAACUCAGAGGAAAAUGUGAUAUCUCUAAGUGAAAACGACAAGAAAAUAAUAAUGCGCUCGCGUACAUUUUAGCUCAGAUACUUUUGUCAAAUGUAUCAGUAGGCAGGUAGGAUUAGGAACUCCUUUAGUUUUUGAAUCAGUCUAGGGUAGCUAACAAAUUAAAAGCAUACAUAAUUCACAUAGCCAGUUGGAAUGCGGUAUCAUAGGUACAAAGUGGCUGAGUGCAAUCGACUUCAAAUGUAAAAUACUAUUUAACCCUUCUACAACUAACAGUGCCAACGACAAAUGCCGUAUCUGGGCAUUUUCAUAAUUUGGGACCCCCCAAUUAGUGUAAGUUGUUAACAAAAAUUAACUCACUGUCAGUUUUGUCACGGUAAUUAAGCAUGAAAUUUCAAUAACAAGAUUGUUUUUGUGUUAAUUACAUAAACUUUAA